UAUCGGACUCUCAGCUGAAGCUCUGAAGAUGAACUUGGCUCUGAUCCACGACCGGCUGCACAUCAAAACAUUCUGGGAGAAACGAAUCGUCAACGACAGCCAACAUGCUGAGAGUGAGGAGCAGCGGAGGAACAGGAGCGCCCUGAGCAAGCUAAGGGAGGAGUGGGUCGUCCGCCUGGAGAACCGAACCAAGCACCUGAAGAGCCUCAACGACAACUACGUGAAGAAGGUGAAGGUGGAGCAGCCGGCGGAGCAGACAUGA